UUUCCAGACUGCGGGAGGCGGACCAGCUGAGCGUCCGGGUCUCACUCUGCAGACUCUGGGAUCCGCAGUCAGUCCGGCAGGAACCAUGCUCUCCGCGGUCUCCUGGUUCUCCUGGGGAGAACGCAGCCAGCAGCGCUUCUGGACGAAGGAAGCCCAGAAAUCCCACGGCACGCGAACGCAGCACGGGGUCCAGCUGUGGGAGCCCGGGUACCAGAUCCGGGACCUGAGGGGGGGUCCGCAGCUGCUGGCCUUCACCAGGACCGACGGGAAGGCCUUCAUCGUCCCCGGCGGGCCGCGCGGGAGGGGCAGGCUGAAGUUCCUCACAGACCGGAUCCGAGCUCUGAGCUGCAGAGACGACGAGGCGACGCUGCUGGAGGAGGGAGGAGGAGUGCUGAGGGUGGAGCUGACACACACUCCGCCCAGCGCCAGGCCUCUCCCAGGUUUCUCGGACCUGCUGGUCUCUCAGGUGUCGUGCGGCAGCCGCCACUCCCUGGCCCUGACCAGAGACGGCCGGCUGUUCUCCUGGGGUCUGGACUCCCGGGGCCAGCUGGGUCUCGGGGGUUCUGGUUCUGGUUCUGGUUCUGGUUCCGGUUCCGGUUCCCCCCGGCUGGUCAGCGUUGUGUCGGCGCUGCCGUUGGUCCGGAUCGCGGCGGGAGGCGAGCAGAGCUUCGCCAUCUCGGUGUCUGGCGGCGUUUUCUCCUGGGGGGCGAACGACAGCGGCCAGCUGGGCCUGGGAGACGUCACAGAUCGGAAGACGCCGUCAGCUGUCCGCUGUCUGAACGGCAAGAAGUCCACCGACGUGUCCUGUGGAAGAGCCCACACCGCCGUCCUCACCAAGGACGGCGCUGUCUUCACCUUCGGCUGUGGACGCCACGGUCAGCUGGGACACAACUCCUACCGGGACGAGCUGCGGCCGCGGCUGGUGACGGAGCUGUGGGGGUCAAAGGUCGUGGCAGUGGCGUGUGGAAGCCAUCACACUCUGGUUCUGACCCGGUCCGGCUCCGUGUUCUCCUUCGGCCUUGCGGAACACGGCCAGCUGGGCCGCGGGCCGGAGACCCCCCCGGCGGUUCCGCUGCCGGUCCAGCUGCCGCCCGGUAACGGUUCUGCCGUCCGUCCCGGUAGAACGCCAGGCGGAACCGCCACGUCUCACCCUGUGGUUUCAGGUCGCAGCGUCCGGAGGAUCUUCGCGGCGGGAAACUGCUCGUUCGCCUCUGCAGGCGAGGACGUUUCUGGAGACCCGGGUGGCGGCGGCGGAACGCAGCUCUGCCUCGACGACGGCGUUGAUUCCUGGAGCUCUGAGUGCGACUCAAAGACCUGGAGGAAGAUCCAGAAGGACCUGAAGCAGACGUUCUCCUCUGCGUCCUGCUGGAACCGGAGCUUCCUCCAGCGAAGCGGAGACAGACACUUCCAGACGUCCCCGGAGUUCCACGGCGUGAAUCUCCCGGCUGCACGGCGAGCUUUUGAGCAGCUGCUGAAACCGGAGCGAGCUGCAGCGAAGGUGGAGGAGGCCGUCCUGCUCAUGCUGGGCUCUCUGGACCCCAGGCCGCCGGGGCUGGAGGCCCUGAGGGUCUACCUGCUGCUGCUCGAGCUCCUGCACGUUCUCCAGAGAACCGGGCGGCGGCAGAACACCCGGCUGGCCGAGGCGCUCGCCGCCGCCAUCGUGAGUCUGUCCAGGGAGAACCUCCAGGUCAUAGGGUCCUGGUGGUGCUCUCUGCCUCGCUCCACCUCUCUGGCGUACGUGACGGUGUGGAAGCAGACGCUGUCGGUGAUCCUUGGCUCCGCCCCCGUUCCCCGUAACGCCGGCGUCAGGAACCUGCUGGUGGUUCUGCAGCUCCUGUACGACGCGAACGGCCGGGUCCCGGAGUCCCGCCGGUUACCGGACUCUGUCUUCUGCCUCCGGAUGACGGAGCGCUUCCUGCAGGAGGAGCUGCUGCUCUGGAGAAACGUGAGGCCCAGAGGUUCCCUCCUGCCGGGGUUCCAGCCUGACGGCAGCGAGCCGCUGGUUCUGGGACGGUUCCCCUUCCUGAUGGACCUCAGAACCAAGAAGCUGGUCUUUGACGCCACUGCUGAAGCCAUCAAGAUUACAAAGAUGUUUGAGAUGGCUUCGCCCACUCUCUGGUUCUCCCUGGCGCCGGGCGUCGUCUACUUCGUCCUGAAGCUGAAUCGAGAGUCGGUUCUAGAGGACACGUUCCAACAGCUGGCUGAGGCCCAGGACGGGGACUUCAGGAGACCGCUGGGGGUGUGGUUUGACGGAGCCUGGGAUUCCGACCCGCUGUACCCGGUGUUCUUGAAGGAUUUCUUCUACAAGGCGUUCCAUGAGGCGUUUUCUCCUGAGUCCGGUUUGUUCAUGUUCAACGACUCCGAGACGCUGGCCUGGUUCUCCUCCAGGGCGCCGGGGGCUCCGGAACGGUUCUUCCACUUGGGGGUUCUGUGCGGACUGGCUCUGUACAACGGCUACAUCGUUUACUUCCCGGUUCCUCUUGUUCUGUUCAAGAAGCUGCUGGACGUGGAACCGGCGCUGGAGGACAUGCUGGAGUUCCAGCCCUGUCUGGGAGGGUGUCUGCGCUCCAUCCUGUACGAGUACAGCGACGACGUUCUGGAGGACCUCUGUCAGGACUUCUCAGUCAACUGGGACGGAACCGACGUCGACCUGGACCCCCAGAACGCCGGGAAGCCGGUGACCGGUCAGAACAAGAAGGAGUUCGUGGACGCGUACGUGGACCACGCCUUCAACGGGUCGGUGGCCGGGGCGUUCCGGGCGUUCCGGCGCGGGUUCUUCCAGGUGUGCGAGCGCGACGUGGUGAAGCUGUUCGGACCCGAGCAGCUGCAGGAGGUUCUGGUGGGAGAACACUUCCAGGACUGGGACUCGCUCCGGCAGAACACGGAGUAUGAGAGCGGUUACCAUGACGACCACCCCAACAUCCAGAUGUUCUGGGAGGUGUUCGAGGAGCUGACGGAGGCGGAGAAGAAGCUGUUCCUCUGGUUCGUGACCGGGUUCGAGCGGAUCCCCAGUCUCAACGUGGACCGGAUGAGGAUGCGGAUCACGGUGAAGGCGGUUCCGGAUCAGUGCCGGGACCAGUUCUACCCCGAAGCGCACACCUGCUCCUCCCUGCUGCUGCUGCCGCUCUACUCCAGCAAGGACGUCCUGAAGGUCAAACUGAGAGAAGCUCUGGACAACAGCGGACGGAUCUACCGCUGACCCGGGUCCGGAACCGGAUCCUGGACCGGACCCGCCAGUCUGGACUCCUGGCUGUAUAUAAAGGUGGGCGGGGCUAACAUGGCAUCCCCCACAGUGUUCUCAUUGGCUGUAUAUAAAGGUGGGCGGGGCUAAUGUGGCGUCCCCCACAGCGUUCUCAUUGGCUGUAUAUAGAGGUGGGCGGGGCUCCAGCAGUCGUCUCCAUGCUGUCUGUCCAGCAGGACGCUGCAGAUUGGAGGUUCUGCUGCUGUCUGGUUCCAGACAGGGUCGAUCUUCCAGGCAGAGCUUUUAACUAUCAGGCUCCUGUUGUUUACCUGUUUUUUUUUUUAAUUUAUUUAUUUUGAGUGCUGAGACAUGAUGCUGCUGGACCUGACAGGGACAGAAAGUGAAAGAAACUAAAGGUGAAAAGACAAGACAACAACAACAGGAGGUGAAGAGAAGGAAGAGAGAGCGAGGACAGACAGCCAGUCAGCCGCUGCUCCUGCAUGGAGACAUGACUGAGGACGUCUUACGGACUUUUGUUGGAGAUUAUAGCUGCUGGUGAGGCUGAGGAUCCAGGUGUCAAAUUACGCCGGAGCAUCAGGAGGUCGACUGCAGACCACCGUCAGUCUAACCCUCCACAGGAGAACAAGGGAGCUGAGUCCACAGGUAGAACAUGAAGAGGGACUAAAGACCAGCCUGAUCAUGACCUCUGACCCCCGAGAAGACCAGAAGCAGGUCAGAGAGGCCCUCAGGGUCCAGACGACCAGGGGGGACCCCAGAGCCCAGAUCCUGGCCCCCCCAGGCAGACGUCCACGCUCCGGUCCAGAAUACUGAACACGAUAAACCAGAUGUGAUGUGAUUGGUCCAGUCUGUCACAUGACCGCAUCACCUGGACAGAGGGGAGCUGUGAUUGGCUGAUUGAUGCUGAACUUUAAUUCUAAUUUCAUUCUGCACUGAGACGGCUGACCAAUCACACGAAGCAGGACCAGGACAUGUUAGAGUCCAAUGUGAGUCCAGCCGAGUCCAGUUUAGUCUAAUCUCUAAUCUGUUUCUCCAUAAUCCAGCCUGGAGCCCUGAAGCUGUCGUACCCAGCGGGGCCACCAGGGGGCCCUGCUACUCCUCACUGGGAUUCAUUCUAACCUUCUCUUCUGUGUUUCAGUUUAUUGGAUCAGUGUCACGUGUUUCUGUCACUCUGUUAAAUAAACAAGACUUUGCUUUGA